AUGAACCCGGUCAACGCGGCCGCCCUGUACGUGUCCGCUAGCCGGGCCGUGCUGCAGUGCGAUCCGCGGCAUCCGCACACCUUCUCGGACAUGUACACGCUGCUGCCCUUCUUCAGACAGUCGCUGGCUUGUCUCGUCUGUGGCGAGCUGGUGCAGGACCCGGUGUCGGCGCCGCACCCCGGCUGUCCGCACCACGUGUGUCUGGGCUGCCGUGGCCAAAAGAUGGCGGGGCGACCGGCGUGUAGCCGCUGCCGAGACGUGGCAGGCUUCCGGGAGGACAAACAGCUGUCCCUGUUGGUGCGGCUUUACCGGAAGCUGUGCGUCUACGUGGCGCACUCGGCACUGCUGCCGUGCGUCAGCACUAAUGCCGAGUUGAUGGCGCUGCUGGAGGAGGCGCUGGUGGCACCGGCGGAGAAUGUGGAGUCCACCCGUGCAAGAACGCUGGACGGCGGCUUUGUGGAUAGCGAGCCUUUACAGGACGACGAGCUACUGGGAGGUGAACCCGUGCAGGACGGCGGGUUGGCAGGUAGCGACCCGGCGAACCACGAGUUAAUGGACGGCGACUUGGUGGAUGGGGAGCCCGAAGGGGACGGCGACUUAGAGCCGGACGCCUCCGCCGCCGAGUCGUCCAUCCACACCGACGUCGUCGAGCUGUACCAGGGUGCGGGGGCGUGCAACGGGGCUCUCCUGGAGAGCCUGGAGCCCUCCUCGCCCGAGCUAGAGGUGUGCGAGCUGAUGGAGGAGACGCUAGCCCCGCCCCCUCCGCAAGGCCUCGCCGCUUCCGACACGGCCACCCUGGAGCUGAGUCUCACCACUGGACCCUUCACUGCCGAAGCCUUCGCCCCCGGAUCCAUCCCGACCGCAGCCUUCCCCGCCGGGGCCUUUGCCCCCGCGCCGGGCGGCAGGGAGUUGGAGGAGGGUGAGGUUCUCCUCCUCAGCGUCGAGGAGGUCCUCCAGACUCUGGACCCCCUUCAGCCGCCCACCGACAGCCCACCGGACCGCCACGCCCACAUGUACCUCCAGCUGGACGCCACCCACAACUACACACAGCUGCACGCGGACAGGACUCACAUGGCCCUGAGCCCCGCGUUCGCCCCUCCCUCUCUGGCCACCCCGCUGCCCCCCUCGCCUUCCUCCUCCGCGCCAUCGUCACGUCACAAACGCAAGCGCUCGCGAUCGGAGAGCGACCGAGAACAGGUGAAGCCGCUCCCCAUCGCCUCCAUCCUGCAGGGGCCCACAUCGCCGCACGGACAGCACGCCGCCGCGCCCUCCUUCGUCGCGCCGCCCCACGCCUACUCAUCUCUCUACAACGGGGUGGCGCCCAAGCCCGCCCGCCAACACCACCACCAUCAUCACCACCACCACAGCAAGGGUGCCCGCAAGCACGGCGAGCUGGGGCCCAAGAAGAAGGCGCGCGCAGGCGGCAAGAGCAAGGAGCGUAGUAAAGAGCAACGGCUGCAGCUGUCCGGCUGCCUGGUGCCCCCCGCGCCGCCCCGCCCCCCCUACAAAAAGGCCGCGGAGAAGAAAGGCUGCAAAUGCGGACGCGCCACCCAGAACCCCUCGGUGCUCACCUGCAGGGGGCAGCGUUGCCCCUGCUACUCCAACCGCAAGGCGUGCCUGGACUGCAUCUGCCGCGGCUGCCAGAACUCUUACAUGGCAAACGGCGAGAAGAAGCUGGAGGCGUUCGCCGUGCCCGAGAAGGCGCUGGAACAGACGCGGCUCACGCUGGGCAUCAACCUCACCAGCAUCACGGCGGCCGCCGCCCUCCGCAGUCCGUCGGGCAGCGGCCUCCGCGCCGGCACCCUGCUCAACGUGGCGGCGGCCACCGGCGCGCCCGUUGCCACCGCCUUCCUGUCGGCCAGCAGCCCGCCAAGGGACCCCACCUACGAGGACAGCCUUGAGCUGCUCAUUGGCUGAACCCUAUGAGGAGGUGGGCCAGAUUUUUUUUUUUUUCCCGGUGCUUGUUGAAUGUUCCGGCUGCUCGCCACCCCUCGCCCCCCUGAAGGGGGCGCACUAUGGCAGCUGCUUUUCUUCUGUGGUGGAAAAUGCGCAGUAGCCGGACUAGUGUGGGUGUGCCAAACCCUCCUGUAACGGUGCCUGUGUGUGUAUGUGUGUGUGUGUGUGCUGCUCUCAACCCCCAACCCGACAUACAGCACCCUUGAAGGCAAUAGGACCCCCCUCCACCCAAUACUCUCUUGCCACAGCCCCAUGGCUCCCUUUUUUAAUUCCAUACUGUUGUGCAAGCAACCGUGACAUGGAAGUACUUGACUAACAUUUAGCAUCGUUAGCACUUAGCGUGAGACACAAAAACUCCCACGGUGCGUCCAAAGACAACACUGGCUGUUAAAAGCCUAGACAUGAGUUGUUUUUAAUUUUUUUUUUUUAAUCUCCACCCCAACUCCCAAAACAAGAGUAUUGUGUGCGAUUGUGUGUGUGCGAGUGUCAUCCUAAUGCGUCAUCACUGUAUGGGUCCAGUAUGCGUGGGACCAACAAGAUAUUUAUCGAAAACCAACAAAAAAAAAACGAACAACGGGCGACAGAGUGAGGAGGACUCGAAAUGAAGCAGCUCUCCGUUGGUAGCGGGCGCGUUAUGACCUCACAACCAUCAGCAUAAACAAUGUAAUCUUCCCUAUAUGUGUGCGUUGAUGUGCGUCUUUUGGGGCAUUACUUGAAGCCGGCCGGAUUAGUUUUAGGUUGUUGUUUAUUUUGUAUCGCUAAAAUCGUUUGAAGAUGAAAACAUUCACUGCCAUGACAUGGACUCGACCAGUAAGACGGACACGUCAAUUAAAUGAUAGUUUUUUACUUUUU